AUUCGGUUCUUUAGACGGUUGACCAACAGUCAACUUAUUUUCUUUCUUUUCAAAACGAUUUAGGUGUUACGGGUUUCUCAUGAACUCUUUGACCACCGGUCAAACCAAUUUAGACUUUCACCAAAGUCAAACCACUUAACAUUUAAUGCCUAUGACGGAGAUAGCCUCAAUCCGUAAUACCGAAGAUAGCCUCAAUUCGGUGGAGGCCCUGCAGCCGCCCGAGCAAUGGCCAGUUUCUAUAUUUCGGGGCGUUACACGGUUCCUCACGCACUUUGCCAGGCGUCCCAUUUCUCCGCCUAGGGUGCUGCCCGAGUUGUACCCUCAACAAAAGGGGUACCACGACCUCGACAAUCAGCUUCAAGUGUCGGGUCUGUGGUCGUUCGUCUCCAGGAGCCGCUCGAGCUUCAAUCCCGCCUUUGUCCGGGCCUUCUACUCCAAUCUCCGCUGUGACGGGGACACCAUACGCAGCAGCAUCAAUCUCUACGACAUAGAGAUUGAUUUGCCUACCUUUGCUCGGGUCGCAGGGCUGCCCAUCCGCGGUGACGACAUCGCAACUUAUGGUGGCGACGAUUGGAUCCUCAACAAAGAGGCGGUCGUCAUUCGUGAACUUGGGAUCACCAACUUGAUCCGCCACAGCGACGCACCGACGAUUCACUCAGCCCCACCGGACAAGCGCCUCCUCCUCUACAUCAUCACCCGGAUUAUCCGCCCUCGGGACAGCAGCCAUACCUCGCUCUUCAACGAGGACUUGAAGGCGAUUCACGCCAUCAUCCACGGUGCCUCCAUCAAUUGGGCGAAAUUCGUGAUGAUCCACAUGGCGGAUUGCGCCUCCAUCGCCACUGAGCGGAGCUUUCCAUAUGCCUUCCUCGUCAUGGACCUCAUCAUCUCCGCCGACAUCUCCAUCGUCGGCCCGGACACAAAGAUGACGAAGAUUUGGAUCAUUCAAGACAGCACCUUCUUGAAGAAGUCCAGAGACAUGACGGCGCAGGCCCCGCUCCCACCAAGGCCUCUUUGCAAUCCAUAGCCGAUACUCUGAAUCGGCUAACCCUCACAGUGGAUGGCAUGGGGCAGUCAAUCGAGCGGAUGGACUGGACGCUGCAACGCCAACACCAGGACAUG